AUGCGUCUCUUUGCCGCCCUCGCGCUCGCGCUCGCCGCCGCCGCCGCCGCCGCGCCCGCCGCCGACGACUCGGCCGCGGCGCGCCUCGCCGGCUGGCUGCGCCUGCAGCACCACGCCGCGCCCGGCGUGCUCUCGCCCGUGUACGCCGCCGAGCAGCCGGCGCCGCUCGCCGCGGCGGCGAGCGAGCGCACGCUCUGGCACAUCAUCAACGAGGACGAGCACUUCAAGGACCUCGCCCACGUGCUCAACUACUCGAGCAUCAGCACCAAGAAGCUGCUCGACGGCGGCGAGCACGGCCUGACGCUGCUGGCGCCCGUCAACUGGCACCGCGAGCACCGCGACGCCGCGUUCGGCACGCUCGAGACGGACGCCGCCGCCGCGCCCUUCACUGCCGAGCCGGCCGUGUCGGCCAUGACGGUGCUCGAGCAGGCCAUCACCGCCAUGCACACGCUCGCGGACGGCGACGACGACAAGGAGCGCCGCCGCCGCUUCAUCCAGAAGGCCAUCGAUGCGACGCUGCGCUACCACCUCGUCGCCGCGCCCGGCGGCGAGGGCCUCAAGGCCGACGCCAUUGCGCAGAACUCGAGCCUCGCGACGCGCCUGCACGUCGACGGCGAGGCACGCAAGUACGUCGGCGACCUGCUCGCCGGCGAGCCGUUCCGCGUGCGCGCCGGCAAGAGCCUGCUGCCGCGUCCCGGCGUGUACUUCAACUUCUACAGCCGCCUCGUCUACCCCGACGUCGAGGCCGCCGGCUCGUCGGUGCUGCACGCCGUGUCGGCGCCGCUCUUCAUCCCGCCGUCGAUUGUGCAGGCGCUCCUCUUCGGCGAGCCCGACCUCGGCGGCACGACGACGGCCAUCUUCAAGCUGCACGCCGAGCGCUUCCUGCGCCUGCCGCACCCGCGCCGCAACGAGUCGAGCGUCUCGCUGGCGCACGCCGCCGUGCUCGGCCAGCUCGUCGACAGCGCCUACCACCACGAGGAGCCACACGGCGACGUCGGCCUCGCCACGGGCACCUUCUUUGCGCCGUCGAACCUGGCCUGGAAGCGCAUCCCGCCGAUGUUCAAGGCCUACCUCUUCUCGCCGUGGGGCGAGCGUCUGCUCGGCAAGGUGCUCAUGCUGCACUCGCUGCCGUACGAUGCCGUCUUCGCCGACGCCAUCUACUCGGCCAAGGGCAAGAGCAGCGGCGUGGCCUCGACGGAGGACGCCAGCGCCAUUGGCGGCCUCGGCGGCGCCGACGUGCAGACGUACGUCUUCGACAGCGCGCUGCCCAAGAUCCACUGCCCGCACCACCACGACCACGUCGCGGCCAAGGAGGAGAUGGAGCAGGUCACCGUCAAGGUGUACCGCUACCACAUCCUGCCCGGCGGCCGCGGCCCGCUGCAGACGCGCGUCGAGGUGCAGGGCGUCGGCGUGAGCUUCCAGGACAUUCCCGCGGCCAACGGCGCGAUCCACCUCCUCGACAAGUUCAUCAUGCCCGCCGGCCACGGCGACGGCAAGGGCGUCUGGGCCGAGGUCGCCGCCGAGUCCACGCGCCACGGCUACGGCGACGGCGCCGCCGCGCUUGCGCUGCUCUAG